GAAGUGGAAGAUGCUGGUCGUCCAUCUUGGAAAUGCGGUCUACAGUUAUUUUAUAUACAUCAAUGGGCACGACAAGGGAAUAAAAUCACAGCACAUUGAGCAGAAGAACAAUUUAAAGCUAUCGAAUGUCAUAACGUUUUAAUUAAAAAAUAAAUAAAAUCUCAAAAUGUCUAAACUGGAGUUGUUCAACGCGUAUCUCAGUGAACGACUGACUGCGGCGGCGAGGGAGAUAACAUCGGCAGUAGAGAGAACGAUAACAGACUAUCAGGACGAAAUCUCCCGUUACAAGGAGGACAACGAACGGUUACGGCUGCUGCUGGAUUUCAAACCACAUUUACACCUACAUACAAAAGACCCCCAACAGCUCACCUUCACAGUCUCUAAAGAGGAGCUUCCCCCUGAGCAGCAGCACUGUGAACAAGUGUUUCCCCGUAUGGGGCAGCAGGUCCCAGAGCCCACACAGAUUAAAGAUGAACAGGAGGAAGAGCUGCUUCAAGAGUCUGAUACCAAAGACUUCAUUACUGUCUGUGUGGUGAGUGACUGUGAGAACACGCGUCAUGCAUCCCACACUGUGGGGAGUAGAGACGGAGGUUUACCAUUCAAUAACACAACUGGAGGGAUACAGACAGAGCCCGGUGAUGAAGACUACAUAGACUACAUAGUAUCGGAACCGUCCAGUCCUGCAGCUCAGAGUGAAAACAGUGGGAGGGACACCGAUGGGGAGAGCAUGGAGCUAGCGCCGGGGUCAAAGCCACGGAAAUCACAAAGAAAACGGGCGAAGAAAGGAACAAGUGUUGUUGAAGAUGCUUCUCCUUAUCGCUGCAAGCUGUGUGGGAGGACUUUUGUUCGUAUGGGUUUUUUAGUUAACCACGUGCAAAGAACACACACAAAGCAUGCUAAACAAUACCGUUGUGGUGUGUGUGAAGGAGUCUUGGACUCGAAAGAAAAUCUGACAGUCCACGUGCAAACCCACACUAAAGAGAGAACUACUCCUCACUCUCAAACCCACACUGAAUCAAAACCUUGGCACAAUGCUCACCCUCAAACCCUCACUGAACCAAAACCUUGGCCCGGUGCUCACCCUCAAACCCUCCCUGACCCAAAACCGUGGCACGGUGCUCACCCUCAAACCCUCACUGACCCAAAACCUUGGCCCGGUGCUCACCCUCAAACCCUCACUGAACCAAAACCUAGGCCUACUGCUCACCGGCAAACCUUCACUAAAGGAAUGCCCACUCCUCAACUUCAACCUGCAGCCAAACCUACUUGUCAUGUUUGUGGCAAGUGUUUCCCUUACAAUCAUAAUCUGAAACUACACAUGCGCACUCACACAGGCGAGAGACCGUUCAAAUGCAGAGAAUGUGGUAAAUGCUUCCGAUCUAAGGGAUAUAUGAAGGUUCACUUGAGGAUUCACACUGGAGAGAAACUAUUCCAAUGCAAAGAAUGUGACAAAGGCUUCCCUACCAAGCAAUACCUGACCAAACACACGCUGUUCCACACAGGGGAGAAAUCCUACCCGUGUAAGGACUGUGGGAAAGGCUUCGACCAGAGGGAAGACCUUGAACAGCACCAGUCAACUCACACGGAGGAGAAGCCACAUGGUUGCAUAGAGUGUGGCAAAUGUUUUAAAGACACUUACCAUCUGGCCAGACAUAAGCUGGUUCACACAGGGGAGAGACCUUUCACGUGCACUGUGUGUGGACGGGGCUUCAGCACCCAAGGCAACCUGAAAGUUCACCAGCGGAUUCACACUGGAGAGAAACCCUAUCGCUGUAAACUGUGUGGUAGAUGCUUUACAGGUUUUGCUAGUCUUAAAUAUCACUUGAACACGAUUCACCAUUACGACGGUGUCCUUUAAAUGACGAGUCUGUCAGAAGGUGACGAACCAGAAGAACAUCAUUACACCAUUGUGGCUUUAUAGUGUCUUUUUGGUGGCAGAUGUAGAACAACCGUUAGGACAUAUAAUCUAUGAAGGAAUAUAUGGUGUACUCGUAACACCUUGAUCAAGGUUUAACAUUAGAUGUACAACUCAUCUGACACAACGGAUAUAUAUAUAUAUAUAUACACAUACAUACUACCUUUUAAAAGUUUGGGGUCAUUUAGAAAUUCUUCAGUUUCUUGGUAAUUUCUCGCAUGGAAUGGCCUUCAUUUCUCAGAACAAGAAUAGACUGACGAGUUUCAGAAGAAAGGUCUUUGUUUCUGGCCAUUUUGAGCCUGUAAUUGAACCCACAAAUGCUGAUGCUCCAGAUACUCAACUAGUCUAAAGAAGGCCAGUUUUAUUGCUUCUUUAAUCGGGACAACAGUUUUCAGCUGUGCUAACAUAAUUGCAAAAGGGUUUUCUAAUGAUCAACUAGCCUUUUAAAAUGAUAAACUGGGAUUAACUAACACAACGUGCCAUUGGAACACAGGAGUGAUUGUUGCUGAUAAUGGUCCUCUGUACGCCUAUGUAGAUAUUCCAUUAAAAAUCAGCCGUUUCCAGCUACAAUAGUAAUUUACAACAUUAACAAUGUCUACACUGUAUUUCUGAUCAAUUUGAUGUUAUUUUAAUGGACAAAACAUUUGAUUUUGUUUAAAAAAUAAUGACAUUUCUAAGUGACCCCAAACUUUUGAAAGACAGUAUACAUACAUACAUACAGUAUGAACCGUACGAGAAAUCUGGACACCUACUCAUUCCAGGGUUUUUCUUUAUUUGAACUAUUUUCUACAUUGUAGAAUAAUAGUGAAGACAUCAACACUAUGAAAUAACACAUAUGGAAUCAUGUAGUAACCAAAAAAGUGUUAAACAAAUCAAAAUAUAUCUUUUAUUUGAGAUUCUUCAAAGUAGCCACCCUUUGCCUCGAUGACAGCUUUGCACACUCUUGGGAUUGUCCACACCAUGUGUUAUGUCAUAGUUCUGAUGUCUUCACUACUACUCUACAAUUAAAAACAAUUACUACUCUACAAUUAAAAAAAUAGUAAAAAUAAAGACAACCCCCUUGAAUGAGUAGGUGUGUCUAAACGUUUGACUGGUACUGUAUUUGUAAAUGUUUUUAAUGGGUGUAUCAGCUUGAAAAUGUUUCCACAGCGUGAAGGUCACAUCCAGGAGGGGUUUGGGAACUCAUUGGUCCAAAGCUGAUAUGAUUUACUGAAAUUUUAACACUGUGAAAACAUGUUUAACUUUGUAAUGUUUAACGUGACCAAAAACUAGACUAAUAUAUGUAUUUAUCUAUUUCUCUUUUUGUUGCUUGUUAAUUUGCAAUGUCAUGUUCCAGAAUGGUCUUUUUGUUCAAUGUGCCCAACCUGGUGUCCUUGUCUUCAGUAAUAAGAUGGAAAGCCCUAUUACAAA